AUGGAGUGGGGAUUUCAACAAAGGCCAACAGACGCAGCGCCCACGCUCUUAACAACCAGAUUCUAUUGUCCACUCAAGUCCAUAAUUUCACACUGGUUGUGUUGGGAAGUGUGCAGACUGAUCCAUUUUUGUGUGGAUGGCAGUGGAGAAUCUCUGAGUAACGGACGCCCUUGUCUUUUGCCCAUAGGCCCCUGGGGAAGGUGUACGGGCGACUGUGGACCCGGAGGAGUGCAGAGUCGUGCCCUGUGGUGUUUCCACUUGGAAGGGUGGACGAGUCACCUAUCUAACUGCGACGAGAACACCAGGCCUCCAAAGGAAAGAAGCUGCUUCCGGGUGUGUGACUGGCACAGCGACCUCUUCCAGUGGGAGGUCUCCGACUGGCACCAGUGCGUGCUCGUUCCCGCCAGCCCCGGCCAAGCGCCGCCUCGGACCGCAGAGUGUGUGACGGCGCAGCAUGGGCUGCAGCACCGGACCGUGCGCUGUGUUCAGAAGUUGAACAGAACCAGGGUUGUAAAUGAAAUCUGUGAACACUUUGCCCCUCAGCCCCCCGCAGAACAAGCUUGCCUCAUUCCCUGCCCCCGGGAUUGUGUCGUAUCUGAGUUCUCACAGUGGUCCGAGUGCAGCAAGGGCUGUGAGAAGCAAUUGCAGCACAGGACCCGGGCGGCCAUCGCUGCCCCUCUCUAUGGCGGGUCUCAGUGUCCCAAUCUGACGGAGUCGAGAGCCUGUGACACUCCCAUUUCCUGUCCUCUUGGCGAAGAGGAAUAUAUUUUUAGCCUUAAAGCAGGACCAUGGAGUAAAUGUAGACUGCCUCAUCUUAAAGAAAUUAACCUAAGCGGAAGAACUGUUCUGGAUUUCAGCUCCGAUUCAAAGGAGCGAGUCACCUUUCGACAUCAAAGUUACAAGCCACAUCACCUCUCCAAGCCCUGGGACUUAGAGAUAGGUUAUCAAACCCGGCAGGUCUGGUGCACCAGAAGUGACGGAAAAAAUGCUAUGUUAAGCCUUUGCAUGCAAGACUCCUUCCCUUUGACUAUCCAGUCCUGCAUCAUGCCAAAAGACUGUGAAACCACUGAGUGGUCCUCCUGGAGCCCCUGCUCCAAGACGUGUCGUUCAGGAAGUCUCUCACCUGGAUUUAGGAGCCGGAGCCGGAAUGUGAAGCACAUUGCUAUUGGGGGUGGAAAGGAAUGCCCUGAACUUCUCGAGAAAGAGGCCUGCAUUGUUGAAGAACUCUUGCAGCCAUGCCCCAGGUAUUCCUGGAGGACCUCUGAAUGGAAAGAAUGUCAAGUCUCUCUUCUCCUCGAGCAGCAGGACCCCCACUGGCAUGUGACGGGACCCGUUUGUGGAGGUGGGAUCCAGACCCGGGACGUAUACUGUGCCCAGAGCACCCCAGCGUCCACCGCACAGAAGGCCAAGGAAGUCUCUAGACCUGUGAAAAAGACAUUAUGUUUGGGACCUGCCCCUUCAGCCUCUCAGCUCUGCAAUAUCCCUUGCUCUACAGACUGUAUAGUAUCUUCCUGGUCAGCCUGGGGCCUGUGCAUCCAUGAAAACUGCCGUGAUCCUCAGGGGAGAAAAGGGUUUAGACUGAGACGGCGCCAUGUUCUCAUGGAAUCCACAGGGCCGGCAGGCCACUGCCCUCAUUUGGUGGAGUCUGUUCCUUGUGAGGAUCCAAUGUGUUACCGAUGGCUGGCGUCUGAAGGGAUCUGUAUCCCUGAUCAUGGAAAAUGUGGCCUGGGGCAUCGCAUCCUGAAGGCCAUCUGCCAGAAUGACCGAGGAGAAGAUGUAUCAGGGAGUCUCUGCCCAGCAUCCCCGCCUCCUGAAAGGAUGCCUUGUGAAAUUCCCUGCCGAAUGGAUUGUGUGCUGAGUGAGUGGACAGAGUGGUCGUCCUGUUCCCAGUCUUGUUCAAAUAAAAAUUCAGAUGGGAAACAGACCAGGUCAAGGACUAUCCUGGCAUUGGCUGGAGAAGGUGGAAAACUGUGUCCCCCUAGUCAGGCCCUCCAAGAAUAUCGUUCAUGCAAUGACCAUUCCUGUAUGCAGCUCUACUGGGACACAUUGCCCUGGGGCCCCUGUUCUGAAGACACAUUGGUAACUGCCCUUAAUGCAACCAUUGGCUGGACUGGAGAAGCUACCUGUGGUGUGGGCAUUCAGACACGGAGGGUCUUCUGUGUCAAGAGUCAUGUGGGACAAGUGAUGACCAAAAGAUGUCCAGAUUCGACUCGGCCCGAAACAGUGCGUCCUUGCCUUCUCCCGUGCAAAAAAGACUGCAUUGUGACAGCUUUCAGUGAGUGGACACCCUGCCCGAGGUCCUGCCAACCAGGAAAUGCCACAGUAAAACAGUCUCGAUACAGGAUUAUCAUCCAGGAAGCAGCCAACGGAGGCCAAGAAUGCCCAGAUACCUUAUUUGAAGAGCGAGAGUGUGAAGAUAUUUCAUUGUGCCCCAUAUAUCGAUGGAAACCACAGAAAUGGAGCCCUUGUAUCUUGGUGCCAGAGUCUGUCAGGCAGGGGAUAAUGGGCAGCAGUGAAGGCUGUGGAAAAGGACUACAAACAAGAGCGGUCUCCUGUAUCUCUGAUGAUAACCAGUUAGCAGCAAUGAUGGAAUGCCUCAAGCAGACAAAUGGCAUGCCUCCCCUUGUACAAGAAUGCACAGUCCCGUGUCGAGAUGACUGCACCUUCACAGUUUGGUCCAAGUUUACACCCUGCUCCACCAACUGUGAAACAACCCGAAGUCGACGGCGACAGCUCACAGGGAAAAGCAGGAAGAAAGAGAAAUGCCAGGACUCUGACCUGUACCCUCUCAUAGAAACAGAACUAUGCCCUUGUGAUGUAUUUAUAUCUCAGCCUUAUGGCAACUGGUCAGAUUGCAUUCUUCCAGAAGGCAGAAGGGAGUCUCAACGAGGAUAUCGGAUACAAGGAGACAGCAAGGAAUGUGGAAAAGGCAUGCGCUUUCAAGCAAUAGCCUGCUCUGAUAAAAAUGGAAGACCUGUUGACCCCUCCCACUGCAGCAGUUCUGGUAAGGAGAUGGGUGAGGAGUAA